AUGGGUCAACUAAGCGGGCCUUCGUGGCAGUCAACAGGAGAGGAAAUCCGGUGGCGGUCGAAGGACGUCUUGCAUGUCCAUGCAAGAGACGUGUCCGACUCCUUGUUCCUGCACUCGGUACGCUGGUCGAAGAAGGAGAGGGGCGUGGCAGCAGCUCGCGUGCAGGACGUGGGCUUCAAGGAGUCAAAGUCUUCAAAUAGAUGUCCAGUUGAAGAAAUCGUGGCUGCAUGGUCAACCUUGCAUGCAUGCUGGACGUGGCUGCUCCUUCGGUCAAAAUCUUCCCUUUUUGUUGACCGGUUGAACUGCGAGAGAGAAGGGGCUGCAUGGUUCUACUAUGCGCAACGGGAAGGAACUGACACCGCCAUCCUUGAUGACUGGAAGAGGAUGCUAGUCACAAUCAAUGCAGUGGUGGAUGGUGCAGAGGAAAAGCAACUUAGCGGGAAUUGUCUAGUGAAGCCAUGGCUCGAUGAUGUUAGGGACUUGGCCUUUGACAUAGAAGACUUGCUUGAUGAGUUAGACAUCAAAGCCACUCAAGUUAAGUCGGAGGUAGAAUCCAGAACAAGUAGAGGUCAAUGGAAAAGGAAGUUCUUUUCUUUUACACGACUAGGCUCACUCGUGUCUGACACUAAGGUCCAAGAUAUCAAUGGUAGGUUUGAAGCGAUUGUCAAAAGGAGGGAUUAUCUAAGCUUGAGAGACAAUAUUGUGGAUAGAUCCAACUACAGCAACAAAAGGGAUCCCACUAGUUCUCUGCCGGAGCCUCGGUUUGUUGGUAGGGAGAAGGAAGAAAUGGAGAUACUCCAACUAUUGAUCCGUGAGGUCAAAAAUUCUGAUGCCACACUAAGCAUAGUCCCCAUAGUUGGGAUGGGCAGUGUUGGAAAGACGGCCUUGGCUCAGCGGCUAUAUAAUGAUGCCAAAGUGAAUAGUUGUUUCGAGAAGAAAGCAUGGGUUUGUGUGUCAGAUGUUUUUGAUGUCCUUGACAUAACAAAAACUAUUUUGCAGUCGAUCACCAGGUCGUCCGAUGACGACAAAGAUCUUAACAAGCUUCAAGUUAAGUUGAAGGAUAAUCUAGCCGGGAAGAAGUUUCUUGUGGUUUUAGAUGAUAUAUGGAAUGAGAAGUAUGAAAAAUGGAUCGCCCUCUUAAAGCCAUUUGAAGCGGGGGCUAGCGGAAGCAAGAUCAUCAUCACGACUCGCAACCUUAAUGUUGCUUCCAUAACAAGAGCUUCACCAUAUCAUUUGAGGGAAUUGUUCUUUGAUAAUUGUAUAAGCUUAUUGGCAUUUCAUGCUUUUGGAGUAUCAAAUUUUGAGAGCCACCUGGCUUUUAAAAUAAUAGGCAAGAAUAUAGCUGAAAGAUGUAAAGGUUUACCUUUGGCGGCAAAGAUGUUGGGCGGCGUCCUACGUACUAAAAGUAAUCCUGAUGAGUGGGAAGAUACCUUAAAUAACAAAAUGUGGGAUCUUCUAACGGUAGAGAAUGAUGAGGUUCUCCUAGUUUUAAAAUUGAGCUAUGUCCAUCUUCCUUCCUAUUUAAAGAGAUGUUUUGCUUAUUGUGCGGUAUUUCCCAAGGAUUACGAAAUUGAGAGGGAUGAGUUGGUACUCUUAUGGAUAGCAGAGGGACUUUUAGACGGGCAAAAAGCAAAUGAGAAUAUCUUGAAAUUGGGAUGGAAGCACUUUGAUGAGUUAGUAUCCAAGUCAUUUCUUCAACAAUCAAGACUUGAGAAAGGGUCGCAGUUGAAAGAGUUAAAGAACUUGCCACAUCUUGAAGGAGAAUUAUUCAUAUCAGAAUUGCAAAAGGUGGAAAAAGUUAUAGAUGCAGUUGAUGCUAAUUUGCUUCAAAGCUAA